AUGAUGUUUAUACACAUGUUAGACUACUGAUGAAAGUGAUGUCUAUCCUUUUGCUGAUUUCGAGCACGAAAUGUUAUGUAACUAUUAUUGUCAGUUGGUAAACUUCAACUAUAAAUAUUAAACAAUUUGACUGCUUUCUGUUGACCUCAAUUGGAAUUUUGUGUGCUGAAAUCAUGCACCAAAAAGUUAUAAUGUCGGGCAGUAGUGUCUUAUUGGUCAUAAUUAAUUUCUAAAAUAAAUCUUUUUAUUUGAAUCCUCAUGUCAAUAGAAGUUAGAUCAACAAAAUUUAAGUUUAAAAGGUAGGCAAAAUUGCAACACCCACUUUUCAAUAAGGCCUAAGGGGGGUGGGGUGGUAAGAGUAAUUUUCUGGAGCUAUCUUUGAUAAAAUUGGAAUAUGAUGUCAUUUCAGGGUUUUGUGAAAGUUGUGAAGAACAAAGCUUACUUCAAGCGUUUUCAAGUGAAAUUCAGGAGGAGGAGAGAGGGCAAGACAGAUUUUUUUGCAAGAAAACGCCUCGUUAUUCAAGAAAAGAAUAAGUACAACACUCCAAAGUACAGAAUGAUUGUCAGAUUUACUAACAAAGACAUCAUUUGUCAGAUAGCGUACGCUCGUAUUGAAGGGGAUAUAAUAAUCUGUGCUGCCUACGCACAUGAGCUUCCCAGAUACGGCGUCAAGGUCGGGCUUACUAAUUACGCAGCUGCCUACUGCACUGGACUCCUGCUGGCAAGAAGGCUAUUGCAAAAACUGAAGUUAGAUGAUAUCUAUGAAGGUCAGAAGGAAAUUGAUGGAGAACAGUUCAAUGUUGAAGAUGUUGAUGAAAAACCAGGUGCAUUUAGGUGCUACUUGGAUGUUGGUCUCGUCCGCACAACUACAGGUGCCCGUGUGUUUGGAGCUAUGAAAGGUGCUGCUGAUGGUGGUUUAGACAUCCCACACAGUACCAAGAGAUUCCCUGGUUACGAUGGUGAGAGUGGAGAAUUCAGUGCAGAGGUUCACAGGAAUCACAUCUUUGGCCAGCAUGUGGCUAACUACAUGAGGAGUCUGCAAGAAGAGGAUGACGAUGCAUACAAGCGACAGUUCUCCCAAUUCAUCAAGAAUGGAGUCACUGCAGACAGUGUGGAGGGUAUGUACAAGAAGUGCCAUGCUGCUAUUCGAGCUGACCCAUCACGUAAACAGAAGAAGGACGCGAAGGAUGUCAAGGUCAAGAGAUGGAACCGUGCAAAGAUCUCGCUGAAACAGAAGAAAGACCGUGUCAAACAGAAGAAGGCAUCAUAUCUGAAACAGUUAGAAGCAGAGGACGAUGAAUAGACUCAUGGACUUGCCUAAAUAAAAUCUGCAAGCUGUG